CAAUUCUCCACAUAAAACACUUCAAUUGCUAACAUUUAAAUACUUUUCAAAUCUUUACAAGACCAGUUCUUAACCUUCAUAUAUUUCAAGAAACUAUGGCUCCAUCAAUGGCAGUUUCAACCACUACUACUGAUUCUUUUGAUUUAAAUGAUUUUGUGAUUAACAAAGGAAAUGGAGUUAAGGGUCUGUCUGAUUUAGGGCUAAAAAGUCUUCCUAGACAAUAUAUUCAGCCACAAGAAGCUCUCAUUAACAUCAUUCCACAGGAUUCUAUUCCUGUUAUUGAUAUGACUCAUUUUCUUGAUGACCCGAAAGUUGCGGAGUCAAUCUGUGAUGCUGCUGAGCAAUUUGGAUUCUUCCAGCUCGUUAAUCAUGGCGUUCCGGUUGAGGUUCUUGACGGUGUUAAGGAUGCAACUCACCGGUUCUUUGGGUUGCCGGCGGAGGAGAAGAGGCAAUUUUCAAAGGACGUUUCGUGUAGUAAUAACGUUCGGUUCGGUACGAGUUUCAGUCCUGAUGCUGAGAAAGCUCUUGAAUGGAAGGAUUAUUUGAGUCUCUUUUAUGUUUCUGAAGAUGAAGCUUCUGCAUUAUGGCCUUCUGCUUGCAGGAAUGAAUGCUUGGAAUACAUGAAAAAGUCUGAAAUUCUUUGCAAGAAGCUAAUGGGUGCACUAAUGGAGAGAUUGAACGUGAAGGAAAUAGAUGAAACCAAAGAAUCUGUACUAAUGGGAUCAAAGAGGAUAAACCUUAACUAUUAUCCUAAAUGUCCGAACCCUAAUCUCACGGUCGGAGUUGGCCGCCACUCCGACGUCUCAUCUCUUACGUUCCUUCUCCAAGACGGAAUUGGAGGACUUUAUGUGCGACUCAACGAAGGAAAAGGCGAUGAAGACGGAUGGGUGCAUGUACCUCCAAUUGAAGGAUCACUCGUGAUAAACGUAGGAGAUGCAUUGCAAAUAGUGAGCAAUGGAAGGUAUAGAAGUGUUGAGCAUUGUGUGAUUGCAAGUGGAAGAAACAACAGAAUCUCAAUCCCUAUUUUUGUUAAUCCGAAGCCGAGUGAUGUGAUUGGUCCGUUGCCGGAGAUUCUUGCCACCGGAGAGAAACCAAAGUAUAAGAACUUUGUUUAUUCUGAUUAUGUCAAGCAUUUCUUCAGGAAGGCUCAUGAUGGCAAGAAGACCGUUGCAUUUGCUGAGAUAUGAUGAGCAAUUUACUUUUUUAAAUGGCUAUUAUACAUACACAUGAUCAAAUAAACCACAAAUUAAGUGGACCAUGACAAGAAUAUGAUUUUUUUAAAAAAUUUAAUUCACAUUUAUAUUGUAAAAUAGUAUAUAUGAAAAAUUAUUGAUUAGUUUAUAUGUCAUGAUUUUUCUUUGUUCAA